AUGGCGGCCAGUGGAGCAGGAGUGGAGUGCUCCGCUUGUGUGAAGCCGCUUUUAGCAGCUUCAUAUUCUUCUUUUAACAAAAAUAACCUGCCAGAAUUGGUUCAGUCUAUCAUCAGAAGUGAAAAAGACAUAUUGAAUCAUGAGGCGCAGUAUGAGGGAUUCUAUUCCUCGUUUGUCGCCCUUUCAGCUCAUUACAUUAGCAGUAGUGCGGGUGCAGUGUCCAAAGCAGACCUGUCCAAUACUGUGAACGCUUGUCGCGUCCUGAUAAAGUAUCUUCUAAUGAGGCUGCAGAAGCAUGAGGAUAAUUGUGUGGUCUCUAAGACCGAACAACCUGAUCCGCCAGAUGUCUUGAAUAAGAUGAACUUGAUGACCUUGCUGCGAAGUCUGUGUCGUGGAGAGAGCAGCAUGUGUAAACUUGACAUCGUCAACCUCACUGCCAUGCUAAAAGCGGCAAAGGUGCCUCCUAAUAUCAAAGCGGAUGACGAGAACAAAGACGCAAAGGAGACCAAGCGUCCAGGGUUCGUGAGCAGUGACAUCUUCUCCCAACUGACGUCUGUCUUCGACGAGACGCCCUACAUGACCCGCACCAAACCCGACACGUCCAUCCCGGCCCUCAACGCGGAACAGCUCGACUCGUCAAUCCUCGUGUCUGAUGCGUCGGUGAUCGCGACGAGGAAUAUCCAGACGCUCCAGCAGUUGAACGGGCGCGAAAUCUUGAUUGAGUUGUGCGUCGGACUGCCGUAUCUGACGCGUUAUAUCAUAGCCUAUCAGGAUGCGCUUGCGGGAUGCCACAAGUACCUAAUGACGGUCAACGAGGCGAUUUCAGUGCGAACGAGUUUCCAAUCACUGGUAAACGACAUCAACAUAAUCUGGCAAGUCUUCUCGCUGCCGAUUCUCGAACCUCUCAACACGGAACGUUUGGAAAAGAUCGUUCUCGUUGCGAUGAGUUGCCUGUUUGCUGCGAUCACUGCUGCUGCGUGUAGCGCCAUCUUGGCGAUCGCUAGCGGUAUGCAGAUGAAGGGUACCGGCAUUGCUAAGGAUGACGAACUGGAUGGAUUUGCUGCGAUGAUUGUGCAGAAAUCGCUGGAAGCAUUCAAAUUUGUGACGACAGCCAUCAGAUCUUCCACUCGAGCUGGAGGACAUAAUGUCCAGAACCUGCACAUGCUGGGAGCCUGGGCUCUGUUGACUGGCCUUCAGCACAUCCUGAGUCUGACUCCGGCCAAUAUUGUCGAGAAGACGGGCGCAAAGUCGGUCAGUAAAGAUGGCAUGCCAAAGGUCAAAGAGAGUCCAAUACGGCCGGGAUCGGGGAAAGAUUCGUUACCUCGGCCUGGGUCAGGAAAGGGUGCCAUGGGCUUCGGCUCCUUGUGCUGCGCCCUCGCUAGUCAAGCCAACACGAUUCUUACCCUCCUGUUAGAGGACCUUCAAAUAGAGGGCGUCACCUCACAGAUUUCCUCCCCGACCAUAUUCGAGGCGGACCUGAGAAUCACCGGUGAAUACACCGCGUGGCAACGAGUGAAAAAGCUCAUCAACAGCUGCAGGCUUACAAGUCUUCUUCUGAAUUUGAUGAUUGUCUCUUUCCGCAAGGGUGCGACCCUAAAGAAGCAGAUUUCCGUUCAUCUGUCCAAGGAUGCAGCCGACAGUACCAGCGGUAGUACGUCCGAUUCAAAUACUUACUACGAAGAUGACUUCAGUAGCUCGGAAGGUACCACAGACGAGGACGAAGACGAUGAUUCUGAACCUAUCCUUGGCCACUGGUUUGAGGAGACGUUAGCACCAGCAGGGGACAUAAUGAGUGAGGUACCCCCACCCCCAGCCCCGCCAGAUCUGGAGCCCUCGGCAGAUGAGAAGGACUCGCAACCGGCUGAAAUCAUUGGCAAGAAGGAACCUGAUGGGUACAUCAGUCUGGCCACAGAGGUGCUUAAGUUCCUCAACACACAUUUCGUGGAGACGACAAAUGGAGACGUUCGUGAUUACAUCUGCACAAGCGUCAAUGAGCAAAACAUGGCAUCCCUUGCAGCCGUCAUUAAGGACGUGGACCGGGAUUAUUACAAGGCUCAUCUGGGAUCCAAAUUUGAGGAGUUCUCCGUUGCACUGGUCCGUUUCAACCACUGCCUGAUCUCCUCGAACAUUCUGACCGACAAACUCCAGGACUGUCUCCUGACUCACCUCGGCGUCUGCCCCGCCUCUGACGAUGCCUGGCCUACCUCGGUCGGGACACGCACCCUCGGCGUCUUGGCCGAAGUCCUGCUUCUCCGUCAGCAGCGGGAGAGGUUGUCGGGAACGAUCAAGAAACAGAGUGAUGUCGCCAUCUUGAAAAUCUGGGCGAGGUUCUUGCUGACGAUGAAGACCCUGGUGUUGAAUUUCGAGAACAAUACGGAGGAAUUUGAUGAUGUGAAUGUUGAGCACAUGCAGCUGCUUGUGUUCCUGUUCCAUAGCAUGGACCUAAUGUGUAAGAAGAACGUGUUCAUGCAGAUCGGGCAGACACUUGUGGCCAUCUACACUUCCAUCUCAAAAAGUAAACUUGAUGGUAUGGUGCCCCUACCCCUGUCGAGGAUCCUCUUGCUGUUUGACUACAUGGUCCACUACCUGUACGACCCACCCAAGCCGCUCAUAGAACAGGUACAGUAUAACUUGUUUGGAUUCAGUGCCAAGAGUCAGUCGCCUGGUGAAGCCAAGGAGAGCGUUAUACCCAAGACGCACUUCAGCUGCAGGGAGGUGGAAGAGAGCUACAGGAAACACUCGACCGGACAUAAAGAUGGAGAGAUGAGACCACGAUUCUACAACCUCAGCCCAGCUGAGUACAAGAAUCAGGACAUCCCGAAGAUAGACGGUUUGGCCUGCACGUUCAUUCUGAGCAACGCCGAGUCGCUCAACUAUAACGUCCUGUAUAAUGCGCUCAUCGCCAUGCAGGGGGCCGGGGCGGACCUGGAGAAAAUCCCUGAGGGAAAAGUCAGCCAACUGGAUGCUUGUAGUAUUCACUACCACUACCUGAUCUGCUGGCGCCUGCUAGCCAGCCUGCCGCCCUCGGUCGAGUACGUCCAGUCCCUCGAGUCCAGCCCAGCAGUCGACAGCGACCUGCACCUUCUUCACACCCUGAAGUGGGGCGCACGGCUCGGCAACAAGACGUUCUCUGCGUGGGUCAAGGACUGGCUGGUCAAGCAGAGUAUGCAGUUCCACAAGGCGGAUAACCUUGUCGUCAACGCGUCAAAGUCUGUCGACAGUGUCAAGUAUAACAUACAGAUGGCGCUCAGGUUUAUAAAGAACCAGCCAAAUAUUUGCACGAUUUCGACAAGCGACAUCCUCACUAGUCAGCAACUGCCUGGUUUCUCCUCUCUUCUCCUCUUGGACUCGAUCGUCGCCAAAGUCCAAGUUGGAUUGGACGAGAUGUUCACCAAGGCGGUGACGGACGUGGACCCACACAAGGCAAUGGAGAUUGCAAAGGAUAUGAUCCCACCUGUUCAGGCCCUGAUCAAGGCCUAUUACGUCUACAUAAGGUCGGCCCUUCUGUUCAACCUCAAGGAACUCCCAGGUCCUGAAGCGUUGAAAGUCAGCGGGGCAGUGCUUGCGCUCGGGUCCAGUCGCAGCUCAAAGGUCUCCGUCCUCGGGAUGGAAAUCAUGGGAUGGCUGCCGAACUAUCUCUGCAACGCUGUGGAGAAGUGGCAGAGCAGUUCGAUCAACGAGUUCCCAGCAGUCGGAGCGUGGCGGAAUGCGUUCUCCAACGAUAUCAUCCCAGCGGAGAGUUACAUCGAUGCGGUCCAGUCGGCGCAUCUUGCCGCGUUGUCGAACCAGCCGUCGCAUUGCAUGCUGGGAUCUAUGAAGCAUACACUACAUGCACUCGUACGGUUCUACAGUGACCUGAAUGUAUGGUGUCCUGACGCCUCGUCGUCUGACGCGAUGGUCGACACACUCUUCCCUCUCAUCCAUGACGCAACAACAGAAUAUCUGGCGGACUUUGUCACCCUGACUCUUGAGCGAGUGCUGGGACCCAUGGAUGGCGAUGACUUCACGCAGAAGGUGUUCGAGUAUGUACUGGAGAGAUGUCAGGACUUGCUGAUCAACCAUUCUGCCACAAAAUGCUCUUUUGAUGAGAGAAUCUUCCAUGACGUUCUCAAGUUCAUGGAGAACCAUCUUGAGAAACCACCAGCAAAGAAAGCUUUCGAGAAAGUUUUCACCAGGUCCGGAUCCCUGACGAGCAUCUUGCUAUCGACAGCCAACGAGAACUUGUCUCCGACAUAUGGAACCAAGGUCCUCAAGUUCUUCAAUAAGCUGUUCCAACUUGCAGAGAAGAGUCCGUUGGACAAGAGCUACAAGGCCUUAUGCUCCUCCCUGAUCAAGCUGGCGAAAGUGGAACCAAGUGCCCUGCAGAACUGGCUCAGCAAGAUGAUCAUGGGACCGCAACAGGUAUCAACUGAACAGUCUCUCGAAGACGGAGGCAAAAACCAAGAGAACCGUCUGCUUCUCCAGAGCCUGACGACAUACAUCGUGAAAGAAAACAGCCACGUCGGCGAAGAGGUCUCCAAGACGAUCCUCUACGCCCUCAUCCCGAUGGGUUCACAGCUUCUUUCCCCGGCCACCGAGGGUAUCGGCUUCUCCGAGCUCAUGGUUGUCAUGGCAACGCUAGCGGGAGCUGGAUCCGGCUCCGGACAUCCGGCGCUGUUCAAGGCUGCAACAUGUUGGUUGGAACUUUGCAAAACGUACUUGUCGCAGAAGAAUGUUGUGGAGAAGAUCCAAGAGAAUGUCAGUGGAGGCAAGGUAAUACUGCACCAGACCAUGUUGGAGUCGACUUGCUACUUGCUGUCAUAUAUAGGGGACAUCCUAGGAGGUCUCAAGAUUUCAUCUGACAGAAGUGGAACUGCAUCUCCUCCGUAUGAUGCUGAGGUGCACACACAGGAAGUGGACAGUGAUUGGGCAGACGACAUGGGCCAAGAUGACGAUGAAUCGGCUGGAGAAGACUCUGAUGAGGAAUCCUUGAACAACAAAUUGUGUUCGUUCACAAUCACUCAGAAAGAGUACAUGAAUCAGCAUUGGUACCAUUGCCACACGUGCAAGAUGACGGAAUGCGUUGGAGUGUGCACCGUCUGCGCCAAGGUGUGCCACAAGGACCACGAACUCUCCUACGCCAAGUACGGAUCCUUCUUCUGUGACUGUGGAGCAAAGGAAGAUGGCUCCUGCCAGGCCCUUGUCAAGCGUAGUGCCCAGAGUAGCCACGAUGUCGCAUCCGCCCUCCCGACCGGGCCCAGCCCAUUCUCCAUGGAGACGAUGCUACAGAGCUCCCUGAGGCGUCGCCUAUCCUCGCCGACGCAAGACCAGAAGACGCCGUCGGCGAAACAAAUAGAGAAAGUUUCUAAGGCAAGGCAGGCCUUGAGCAAGCAAAUAGAGACUUGCAAAGAUACCCUGGUGAUGUACGCGGAAUCCUCAAACACCGUCAACACGGUCCUGGAAUUGCUGCAAUCUCUGAUGCCCUCCAUCUUGGAUAAUUACCAGAAGACGUCUGCUUGUGGGAGUACGGCCCGCGCUCAGAAAGCGCUCGAUGAACUUCAUAUUCAGCCAAAGACGACAGAAACAUCCGAUCAGCUCAUGACCGCAACGCUCGGCUCCCAAGAGGGCGCCUUUGAGAACGUACGCAUGAACUACAGCGGCGACCAGGGGCAGACGAUACGUCAGCUCAUCACCGCCCACAUGCUACGACGCGUCGCCAUGUGCUGCCUCGCCUCUCAGCACGGCAAGCGUCAGCAUCUGGCCGUCAGUCACGAGAAGGGAAAGAUCACCAUCCUGCAGCUGUCUGCGCUGCUGAAGCAGGCCGAUUCCAGCAAGAGGAAACUCACUUUGACGCGUUUGUCCUCGGCACCGAUUCCAUUCACUGUGCUGAGUGUGACUGGUAAUCCCUGCAACGAAGACUUCUUGGCAGUCUGUGGACUCAAGGAUUGUCACGUUUUGACGUUCACAAGCACUGGAUCCGUGGCGGACCAUCUGGUGUUGCACCCGUCCCUUGAAGCGGGCAACUUCAUCAUCAAGGCCCUGUGGCUGCCAGGCUCGCAGACAGAGCUGGCUGUGGUGACAGCAGACUUUGUAAAGAUCUAUGACCUCUCCCACGACGCCAUCAGCCCGCAGUACAACUUCCUCCUCCCAAGCGGCAAGGUGCGAGACUGCACAUUCGUCUUCACCGACGAGGUGCGACACAUGGUUCUGAUGUCGUCCUCUGGUUAUGUCUACACUCAGCCGAUGGAGGAGUACAGCUCCGCCAAGAACGGGCCAUUCUACAUUACCAACAUCCUGGAGGUUACGCACCCAGAGUUGAAGGAUGUGAAUGGACAGGUCGCAGGUGGCGGGGUGUCGGUCUACUACUCCCACACCCUUCAGCUGCUCUUCUACAGCUACACGCAGGGGAAGACCUUCAUAUCGCCGCUAUCGAAGGACAUGGACCAAAUGAAGAACGUGUUUCAGGUCAACUACAAGAGUUCCAAUGGAGGAGGCAAGGGCUCCAACGGCCAGCCCCUGGUCCAGUGGACAGAGAUCCCUGGGCAUCCUGGCCUCGUCUGCUGUAUGACACAGACCAACAACAACCCUGUCGUCAUGAUGAUCAAGCCUGAUGCCGUGGUACUUCAGGAGAUUAAGGUUCUGCCUGCAAAAGCAAAGAUCCAAGACAUGGUGGCUAUCCGCCACUCGGCGUCCAACUCCGACCAGGUACAUCGGACCACCCUCAUCCUCCUCUGCGAAGACGGCAGCCUACGCAUCUACAUGGCAAAUGUUGACCAGACUGGCCACUGGCUGUCGCCGAAUUUACAACCGCAGAGCGCCAUUUCGGUCCUGAAACCGGUCAAGAAGAAGAAGGCAGCGAAGACUGGACGUCCGUCCGGUUCCGUCUCAUUCCCAAUUGACUACUUCGAGCAUGCUCAGCAGACGAAUGACGUCGAGUUUGGUGGAAAUGACGUCCUCCAAAUCUACAACUCCGCACAGAUCAAGAACCGCCUCAACACAAACACACUAUACGUCGCGAGUACAAAAACAGCCGGGUUCUCGCUCGACGUUUACAACAACAACAACACCGUCAUGGUCGGUGUGCGCAUUCUCGUCGGAAGCCACAACAUUGAACGCUCUCCGUCGUAUAUUGAGAUGUUUGGGCGGACGACCCAGGUCAACAUCACGCGGGCCCGGUGGUUCGAUCUUCCCUUCACUCGAGAGGAGUCGCUCACCGCUGACAAGAAAGUAACGAUAUUCUUCGGUGCGAGUGUUGACCCCUCAGGUGUCACUAUGAUCGACUCAGUCAAGAUGUACGUCAAGACGAAAGAGGCGUUCGGCUGGCCCGAGGAUACGGAAGACUUCUUGGAUGGGAACGGCACAAAGCUGUUGGCUGGGAACAAUAAUGGGAACACUGUGCCAGAGAGUGAGGUCACCCCGCUGGCACCUCUACCACUGACGUCUAUGGACAGGUUGUUAGCGAGUUCCCUUGAAGUUCUUGAUGGAUGCUUCUCGGCCAUGAACCUCGGGGAGGAGAAAGAACACGCCCGCCAGUGUGCACUGGACCUGGCUACGUCGCUACUGACCCUACCAACACCCCUGAGUGUCCAGCAGUUCACCAAGUCGCUGCUAGCAGCGCUGUAUGCUAGUAGAAUUGCGUAUCAUAACCACAAGGACCAAGCCCAGCUCUGCCACGUUGUCCAGUGCCUCUGCCAGGCGAGAGAGGGCAAAGUUAUGGAUCCUGAAAACUAUCAGAGACUUGUUGUCACGACGAGAUCAGUCGCCGUGGCAAGGGCGUCGAACCUUGUCAGGUUUGCCGAGAGGGACGGAAGUACGUUAUUGGCGGACCAGACAGAGACUGGCUAUGGAAUUGAAGUCAUGGACAUUGAAUUUGGGGAGGCGAAAACAGACACAAAAAUCAAGUCUCUCGAUCUAGAUGCCAACGAAAGUGGCCACUUCCUUGUGCAACUGAUGGAUGCUUUCUGGAAGCUACACGCCAGCAAGCCUGCAUACCCUGCCCUGGCACCAGCAUGUCUACCUGGGCUGACCCACAUUGAGGCCACCAUCGGUGCCCUUGUGGAAAUAAUCCACGCAUUCACCGCGUGUGAUUUGGAUAACUGUAACCUGGCGACGAAGUUGUACGUCCGUAUGUUGCUGUCACCUGAUCAGCAGGUCAGCUUCGCUUGUAAGCAGGCGAUGAUUCGUGUACUGCGGCCGCGUCAUCGGAGACGUAGAGUGUUUAUUCCAUCGCCCCCUCGAUGUAGCACCCCUGGAGGUGGUGCAGCAGAUGACGACAGCGACGAGAGGUCACAGCCCGUGCGUAUUCAAGGGUCGCCGCAGCCGGUUCCGGAGCAGAUCGAAGUACCAAACUAUGAGCCGGAACCAAUGGUCUUGGAGCCACCAGAGCCCAACUCUGUUCCUCAGCCAAGCCCCCUAGAAGCACUGCUUGGUGGUGGUAACUUCCCACCGAUGCUAGACAUACCCCCUGAUGCUGACGACGAGACCAUGGUUGAAUUGGCCAUUGCCCUCAGCUUACAAGAUCAGCCUGGUCACGGAGGAGGCAUCAAUUUCCAAGGACUCAACCUCGGCGGUCAGGGCCAGAACGAGGGGAGCCAUUACUCGGACACGACAGCCUCGGCCCCGGGUAGCGAUGACGAGGUUGGCAGUACUGCUGCAACGGACGGCUCGACGCUGCGGACGUCGCCAGCAGAACAUGGCGGUAGCGCUGGAUCUGAGAGUGGAGGCAGCGCCAUUGACUCGAUUUCAGGAGAACAAAAUGUGAGUGGGCGCAGCAGCGCGUACGGUGACGUCGCCCCGGAGGAUGUGAUGAGCCGCGGGGCAAGGAGUGAGACCAGCAGCGUGGGGAUGCCGUCGAGUACGAUGCAGCACGACAUGGAGGGCACAGAUAUUGACACUGAUUAUGACACUACAUGCAGACUUCAUAACCUUCGCCUGCGUCUGCUCGAGCGACUGUUACAGUACAUGCCAGACGUGCGAGAGGUGGGCGGAGUCCGUGCCAUCCCGUACAUGCAGGUCAUCCUCAUGUUGACGUCUGACCUCGACGGCGACGAGGAAAAGGAUCGCGUUGCCUUGGAUAUGCUGCUCAGCUGCAUGCUCAAGGAGUUGGAUAUUGGCCAGCAGAAGGAGGGUGACUCUGCUAUUGCCGGUCGCACCGAGCGUCAUGAGGUCAAGCUCAUCAUCAUGCGACUGUUGAGCGUACUGAUGUCAAGGUCGAGAGUCGGAUUGAAAACAACUGGAGAGUCCUCGACAUUCAUCAGCAACACGACUGCCGCUGCCCUCCUAUCCCAAGACGCCAUCACCUACUGUCUGUCGGUCCUGAAGACCCUGCUGGACUUUUGGAAGGCGAUCCCAGUGGAGGAGGAAGGCACGGUCCUACCCGGUCAGCUCCUCAAGACCCACCCGACGAUGUCUCCCCCAGACAUGUCGCCGUUUUUCCUGCGCCAAUACGUGAAGGGUCACGCCAAUGACGUGUUUGAGGAUUAUCCGCAGUUGUUGACGGAGAUGGUGUUACGGUUGCCUUACCAGAUCAAGAAGAUCACGGACAGCUCCCAGACGAUCCAAGCAGCCGUCUUCGACCAAACCUGGUUCUACUUCCUGGCAGAAUACAUGAUGACGCAACAAGCCCCGUUCGUCCGACGCCAAGUCCGCAAACUCCUCCUUUUCAUUUGCGGUUCGAAGGACAAGUAUCGCCAGUUGCGGGACGUCCAUGUGCUCAGUUCGCAUAUGGACGCGGUGAAAACACUGGUGACGGACGGAGGCUUGGAUCCCGCUAACAUGGGUCUAAGCAGCGUGGUGUUGCCUUAUGAUGUCUUGAUCACAUUGAUUGAGCAUCUGAAGGCAUGUUCAGAAGUUGCCACAACAAGAGUUUUCAACUGGGAGAAGUUCUGCUUCAAGGAUGAGACGGUGUUGUCUUUCCUGAUCCAAGCCAGCAUCGUCCUCGACGAGGGUGUCGCCCCCGUCCUGCUCCAGCUCCUCCAGUGCGCCAUCUGCGGCACCAAGCACACCCAGACAGGCUCCAGCUCCAGCAGCUCCUCGAAAUCCAAGAAGGAAAAGGAGAAAGACGACACCGGCGAUUCGAAGUACGACGAGACGAUGUGUCUAUGGUUGGUCCAACAGGUCAACAGAGAUGUGAACCGCGAUACCUUAGUGGCGUUCCUGCGGUCGUUCCUCUUGGAGUCGAAUUCGACAGCAGUCCGUUGGCAGGCACAUGCGUUAAUCCUACAGAUUUACAGGAAUUCCUCGACUGCCCAGCAGGAGCUGUUGCUCGACAUGAUGUGGUCAAUGUGGCAGGAGCUGCCCCUCUACGGAAGGAAGGCCGUGCAGUUCGUCGAUCUGCUGGGGUUCUUCUCGCUCAAGACGCAGAGCUCGGAGAAAAGGUGUAAUCAACAUGUGGAGAAGGCUGUGUCUGUGUUGAGGCAGCAGAAUCAGCUGAUGGCCAACCACCCCAAUGCAAACAUUUACAAUCAACUACAAGGCCUGGUCGACUUUGACGGGUACUAUCUAGAGAGCGACCCUUGCCUCGUCUGUAAUAACCCCGAGGUCCCGUACUCCAACACCAAGUUGACGUCAAUCAAGGUUGACUCAAAGUUCACUACGACCACUCAGAUCGUAAAACUGGUCGGGAGUCACACCAUCUCGAAAGUCACGCUGAGGAUUACGGAUUUGAAGAGAACUAAGAUGGUAAGAACCAUCAAUGUAUUCUACAACAACCGAUCAGUGCAGGCGGUCGUGGAGCUCAAGAAUCGGCCUGGACUCUGGCACAAGGCCAAAAAGGUGACCUUGACUGCUGGUCAGACAGACGUCAAGGUCGAAUUUCCAUUGCCAAUUGUUGCGUGUAACCUUAUGAUCGAGUACGCUGACUUCUACGAUAACUUCCAAGCAUCUGCCGAGACACUUCAGUGCCCCCGAUGUAGCGCGUCUGUCCCAGCAAAUCCAGGGGUCUGCAGCAAUUGUGGGGAGAACGUAUUCCAGUGCCACAAGUGCAGAGCCAUCAACUACGAUGAGAAGGACCCCUUCCUCUGCAAUGCAUGCGGCUUCUGCAAGUAUGCCAAGUUUGAUUACACGCUCCACGCGAGACCGUGCUGCGCUGUCGAUCCGAUCGAGAAUGAGGAAGAUCGGAAGAAGGCCAUCAAUACGAUUAACACGUUGUUGGAGAAGGCGGAUAGGUCUUAUAAACAGCUGCAGCUGCAUCGUCCUGCCCUCGAGACGCUACUGAUACGGAUAAAUGAGCACACUGGGGAUAAGAUAAUGGAGAUGCCCCCAAGUGUCCAGGCAGCGACUGGGACGACCCCACCAACAACAGGCGCCAGCAAUGUCAACAAAGCAAUCCAGCAACUCGCACAGCGCUACUGCGGAGACUGCAAAGCGUCGUUCGACGACUUGAGCAAGAUUAUCCAGAAGGUUCUGGCGUCCCGGAAGGAGUUGGUUGAAUACGAUCGUCAGCAGAAGGAGGCUGCGCUGGCUGCUGCUCUUGCCUUGACUCCAGCGACCACACCUGCUACUCCUGAUGUGGGGAUGCUGGGUGUCGGGAUGGGCCGCGUGGCUGAGGCUCCUGAUUGCAAUUACCCCAGGCUGCAAAGGUCGGCUGGAAGGUGUUAUGGGUGUGCAGCAGCUACAGUGGAACACUGCAUCACGCUCCUGCGAGCCCUGGCUACAAAUGCCAACAUCAGGCAGUUGCUCUGUGCACAGGGUCUUAUCAAGGAGUUGGUUGAAUACAACAUGCACCGCGGCACAGCAUCAGUGAGAGCAGACGUCAGGCAACUCCUCUGCCUCCUCACAAAGGACAACAACAACUCAACUGAGAUGCUUUCUGAGAUGCUAAUGGACCGAAUCAAAGCGGCGAUGCGUGGACAUCUUGCCAAUCCAGAUCUCGGCGCAUCUGUCCGCCACGAGAUGUUGCUGUUGGCCUCUGGGAUCCAGCGUGAAGACAGCUGCUGGGAGCUUCGUGUUCGCUGUGUUCUGAAGCUGUUCUUGAUGAGCAUGGAGAUUAAGAAUCCUGUGAUUAUGGAGACGAUUACGCUCCCAUGUUUGCGGAUUCUGCACCACAUCAUCAAGCCUGAGGUAAACCAGGUACCACUGAAGAAGCCCAAAGAUGCAGCGGCCAGUGACAAGACGGUAGAUUCUAUAAGUAGCGUCUACGCUGCAGCCCAGGAGCUGCAUAUCAGCGCCCGAGGUUGGCUGGAGGGGGAUCAAGACUGUUCGUACCAGGCGUGGAAGGAUAAAAUGCCAAUCAAGGUUGCUGUCGAAUCGACUGCCCCAAACAAUAAAUCAGCGACGCCAUCUACACCCAAGAAGAAGGACAAAGAGGAGAGACGUGAGAUACGCAACAAGUACCUGAUGGAAAAGUAUGGCAGACGUUGGAGGUCAAAGGUCACAAAAGAGAACCUUAUCCCGCUGAAGUUGGUGUCGAACACAUGGAUGCGUCACGCCUUGUUCUCGGGAUCCUCCAGGGCUGCCCGGCAAACGGCCAGCAACAUCAUCGAGUCCAUCUGCCAGACACAGAGCCGCAAGCAGGAGAUGCUUGACCUUCUAACAAGCUAUUUGGAGGAGCUCUGCCGCUGUGGUGAAAGUGCGGCCGAAUUCCUCGCCCUCUACAAGCGUCUGAUAGCACCCGCCCACUGGAAGUACUACCUGGCCAUCAAGGGCAUCCUACCACGCAUCGGAAACCUCAUCAACAUUGAAAUCGACAAGUUGUUGGUCAUGGAGGAGACGACGCUCAGCUCGGAUUUGAACCUGGGAUAUGCACUCAGGGCGCUGACAGAUUUGCUCUCAUCCUUCGUUGAGCAAGAGAAAAUCAAGCACCACUACAAGAACAAACUGGUCGGUACCGUCCUCAACGGUUACCUCUCCCUGAAGAAAUUGGUCGUGCAGAGGACGAAAUUGAUCGACGAGACGCAGGAUAAGUUGCUGGACAUGCUGGAGGACAUGACGACGGGCACGGAGUCGGAGACGAAGGAAUUCAUGGCCGUCUGCAUCGACACUGUGAAGAAGUACCCCAUCGACGACUUGAGGUCGCCAGUGUUUAUCUUCGAGAGAUUGUGCAGCAUUAUCUAUCCUGAAGAGAACGAUGUGGGUGAGUUCUUCAUCUCACUUGAGAAGGAUCUGCAGCAGGAAGAUUUCCUUCAGGGCCGCAUGCUUGGCAACCCGUACAGCUCGAACGAAAUUGGCCUCGGACCACUCAUGAGGGAUAUCAAGAAUAAAAUAUGCCAGGAUUGUGAGUUGGUAGCCCUCUUGGAGGAUGACACUGGCAUGGAGCUGUUGGUGUGCAACAAGAUCAUCAGCCUGGACCUGCCCGUCAAGGAUGUCUACAAGAAGAUCUGGGUGUCGGAGCACGGCGAGGGCGAGGCCAUGAGGGUCGUCUACCGCAUGAGAGGUCUGCUGGGUGACGCCACGGAGGAUAUGGUGAACAGUUUGGAUACUAGCGGAGACGACGACGUCGACAAUGAAGAAGUCUACAAAAUGGCUACCGUGAUGUCACAAGGCGAUGGCUUGAAGGUCAUGCUGGAGAAGCUUGGUGGCAUCCGUGAUCUCGUGCGUGGGAAACAGCUGCUAGUGGUCAUGCUGAAGUUGUUCACGUACUGCCUCAAGGUCCGGGUGAACCGGCACCAUCUGAUUAAACCAGAGCUGAGGGCGAUUAGUGCCAUGCUCAGAGUUCUGAACUUGGCUUUACUGGCAGAACAAGAGAGCACAGGAUCGGGAACAAAGGGCCAGACCCUGACAGAACAGAUUCUACAGUGCAUGGAGACGAUUCUGAUUGAAGCCAGUCAGGCCAGCCCAGAAGAAUACAGGGAGUUCUCAAAACUCUGCGGCGACUGUGACCAGCUGAUGAUCCUGCUCGACCGCAUCAACAGUACGUUUGUCCGCAGCAACUCGAGCGUGCUCCAGGGCCUCAUGAGGUUGAUUCCGUUCCUGGCGUUUGGCGACCAGGUCAAGAUGCAGACAUUGAUAAAACACUUCAUGCCGUACCUAGACUUUGAAAAGUUUGAUUCGGAACACAGUCUGGAUGAGGAGGUUCACUUGGAUUGUUUCUGCGUGAUAGCUGCUGGAAUUGAGUUGAACGCCAACGGAAAGAAGUUGAAGGAUAUGAUCAUGCAUCAUGGCAUCGUACAGAAGACCGUCGAUUACAUCAAGACUCACGCCCCAACAUUCAAGACACUUCUGGCCUCGGACUCUGAAGACUGGAAGGAAUUCAUCUCCAAGCCGUCGCUACGCUACACCCUACGCCUCCUGACCGGUCUGUGUAGCGGCCAUGAGCCCACGCAGCUGGUCAUAGCCGAUUGUAUAUCCAUCCUUCAUAAGCUGGAGCAGGUUUCGUCCGACGAGAGAGUCGGGACGCUGGCUGAGAAUCUACUGGAAGCACUCCGUGGUAGUCCCCAGGUUGCAGCAAAAAUAGAGGACGUGCGGCAGCAGACCAAGGCUGAGAAGAAGCGUCUGGCCAUGAUGAUGAGGCAGAAAGAGCUUGGGGCUUUAGGAAUGACGGCAAAUGAGAAAGGCCAGGUGAAGGUGAAAGGCUCCGUGCUGAAACAAAUGGAGGACCUCAAGGAGGAAACGGGUCUGACAUGUUGUAUAUGCAGAGAGGGAUAUAGGUACCAGCCUACCAAGGUUUUAGGCAUCUACACAUUCACCAAGCGGGCCAACCUUGAGGAGUAUGAGAAUAAGCCGAGGAAGACACAGGGUUACUGCACGGUAUCUCACUUCAAUCUGGUGCACGUGGAUUGCCAUUUAGCUGCUGUGAGGCAUGCCAGAGGUCGGGAGGAGUGGGAAAGUGCCGCCCUCCAGAAUGCCAACACAAAAUGCAACGGUCUGCUACCGCUUUGGGGGCCACAAGUGCCAGAAUCAGCAUUCGCAAGCUGCUUGGCGCGUCACAACACCUAUCUGCAGGAAUGUACGGCAGUGCGGGACGCGAGCUAUUCGUUUACGGUCCACGACUUGAAGUUGUUGCUGCAACGUUAUUCCGGCGAGAAGUCAUUCAGUGACGAGAGCGGUGGAGGAGGCAGGGAGAGUAACAUGCAUUUGUUACCGUACAUGAUGCAUAUGGCGCUGUAUGUUAUGAACACGACCCGGUCUGUGCCUAAAGAGGAGAAAAACAUCUCCCAGUUCCUCGAUCAGGCAAAAGAUAAAUGGGUGGAGGGAGCAUUUGAGAUCGCCUCGCCACUCUACUGGACUAUGAUGAUGGUCCACAUUUACAGUCGAGACCGGUGGAAACAAGUACGCGUGAAGGUGUUGGGACGAUUGCUGUUCAUGGCACAGGCUAGGUCGGCCAAUCCCGGCGGAGGCAAAUCGCUCGGUGAUAAAAAUAUCCGUCACUACGAGGUCUACAAAGCCACGCUGGCGUUCUUCUGCUUGGCGGAUGGAAUAUACAGUUAUCUAUUCAAGAACGUCAACGUGGGAGCGGACGUAUGCUGGUCGACGGCUCUCGCCGAACACAUCCGCAACAGUGACCGCAGCAUGCUGGACGCGGGAGAUAAGCUCGUCAACAUGUACGAGGAUGAGCUCCUGCCGUGCGAGUCAUUCACGGAGUUCUGUGACAUCAUGGGCCUACUGGAGGAGAUUCCCAACCCAGACAAAUUCAUGAGGGACCUAUUUGCUUCAGUGUAAUCGACACGUGUGUUGCUAUGUGGAAAUGGACAACAUUGUAUCCAGAAUAAAGCAGGGGAAUGAAACAAGAAAAAAGCAAGGAGGACUCAUCUCAGUAUCAAUUCGGGAUGAACAAUUUUUCAAAAAUAUGCGCUCAUGUUUAAUUCCAACAAGUUUUCACUAACACUCCUAGCUGCAGAUGACAGAAUUUUUACAAGUUCAAUCUGUUUUAUUCUGGAUGUGACGGACAACUAAUUGUAUUUAUGUUUAUUGAAAUGUUUAACAUAUUUGAUGUAAUUGCUUCACAUGAGCGGUUUAUAAUUUGUAGUCACUGAAGAUUCCCUUCAUAUUCCCUGCGAUUUUUGUGAAAAAAUGUACUUUUUACUCAAAUUACAGGGUCAGUCAUGUUAAAAACUGUUGAAAUUUGAUGUUUUUCAUUCCGAAUUCGGACUAAGACUCUCUGUCGGUAAACGGUUUAAGCUUUCAAUACUAUCAAAUAUGGUAACUGAGCACAACUUUGGUUUGGUAUUCUGUUGAGGGAAGGGCCAGCUGGAAGCCAUUUUCGGAGGAAAAAACCAACAUAUCUCACGCCCAAUUAGUUCCUUGAAAAAGGUGAUGGUUAUUAUCAAAGAAGGUCAUCGUUGUGGCACAAUUCCUUUCAUUGCCAGAAAAACAGUUUUUGACAGUAUCCCUUAUUGUCUUUUGCGUGAUCAUUUCAGGGUGGCAAAGUUGGCAUAUUUUUGAUUAAGUUAGCAUUAUUUUACCGUACUUCAUAGUGAUAUCGAAGAUUCAGUAUGUAACAAUGUAACUCUGAUUAUUAAGUGGAAUAAAGUCAUUAUCGUAACUG